CAGCAGCAGAAGCAGCAGCAGCAGCAGCAGCAGCAGCAGCAGCAGUGCCGGGCGGGGCUGGCGCCGGGCCUGGCGCUGCCCUCCGGCCAGCACGUGCUGCUCAAGGCCAAGGCCGCGCCCGGGAGGUCGGGCUGGGAAGGGAAGCGGGCGGACGGGAAUUCCAGCGGCCCCCCGAACUCCACCUGCGGCUCCUCGCCCUCGGUGAAGCUGGAGAGCUCCCUGCCAGGCCUGGGCAAGAAGGCGUUCCCGAGAUCCGACAGGCUCCACGCACGGCAGCUGAAGCGAGCGCGCUGCGCCGAGAUCGACGUGGAGACGCCGGACUCGAUCCUGGUGAACACCAACCUGCGGGCGCUGAUCAACAAGCACACCUUCUCCCUGCUGCCCCCCGAGUGCCAGCAGCGCCUGCUGCUGCUGCUGCCCGACGUGGACAGGCAGGUGGGGCCCGAUGGGCUGCUGAAGCUCAGCAGCUCCGCUCUCAACAACGAGUUCUUCACCUCGGCUGCACAGGGCUGGAAGGAGAGGCUGGCGGAAGGAGAGUUCACCCCGGAAAUGCAGCUCCGGAUCCGGCAGGAAAUGGAGAAGGAGAAGAAGGUGGAGCUGUGGAAGGAGCGCUUCUUCGAGAGCUACUACGGGCAGAGUUCCGGGCUGAGCCCCGAGGAGUCGGAGCGGCUGACGGCGCAGCCCGAGGCCGAGCCCGUCCGGCCCCGCAGCCCCGCGGCACGGGGGACGGCUCCAGCCGGCGCAAAAGCGCGACAGGAGCCGCAGCCCGAGGCGGCCGAACCCGCCGAGGCCUCCCCGGAGCGGCGGGCGGCGAGAGCCGGAGAUGGCUGCGGCGCUUCCCGGGACAGAGCCCACGGAGAAACCCCGGCCGAGAAACCCGCCGGGGCCGCCAGCCGCAGCGCGGAGGAGCGGGGCAAAGCUGCGCCCGCCACGGAGCAAACUCCGCGUUUGGCCCCGGGCGAAGCCAAGAGCCCCGAGGCAGCCCCGGGAGCCGCCGAGCCGCAAAGCCCCGCGGAGCAGGAGGAGAAGAAACCCGCCGGGAGCGAGGCGGCGGAGGUCGGUGCGGAGGCCCACAAGAGGAGGUGGGAGAGCGGGGAGGAAGCUGCAGGCAGCCCCGAGAAGAAGCCCCGCGUGGCCGAGCCCUGCCAGCACCUGCAGGCCUUUCGCAAGCAGCCCUUUCCCGGCGCCGUGCCGCGGGUGCCCCCGCUCAAGAUUCCCGUGUCCAGAAUCUCCCCGAUGCCAUUUCCUGCGGGCCAGGUCUCUCCCAGGGCGCGCUUCCCCCUCUCCCUCAGCAGUCCUGGCAGGACAGGAGCCAGGACCUUGGCCGACAUCAAGGCCAGGGCCCAGCAGGCCAAGGCUCAGAGGGCAGCGGCCGCCGCCGCCGCCGCCUCGGCCGGGGGAGCCGUGCCGGGACCCGGCCCGGGCGGGGGGAGACCCCCGGGCAGGGCGGGAGACGGGAGAGACCCCGGCGGAGCCCCCCAGCCCGCGGCCGGAGCGAAGGCCCCGGAACCGGCGGGAACUGGAAGCGGGGGAAGUUCGAGAAGGUUUCUUCCCCAUUGCGCAGGGCCCCGUUCCCAAGCGGAGGGCCAGGCGGAGCCGGGAGCUGCUCGCCAUCCUCCUGGAGCACAACUACAGCCAGGGGCGGCCGCGGCGCUAGGGCACGGGGCCGCGCCGAGCCCCCCGCGGGGCGCGGCCGCCCCGGGGCCCCCAGGCAGCGGGGACCGGGCAGGGACGGCUCCGGCGGACGGGAACGGGAGCGGGCCCGGCUGCGGCGGUGGAAGCCCGGGAGGGAGCGGCUGUGACCUUCCCAAAAACAAACCUCCUUCCCCGCCGCUGUCCUCCCCGCCACCCACGGGCGCCGGGGCCCAGGCUGGAGCCGCGGGCGCUCCCGUGCCACCCUCCAGCGGCUCCUCGGUAGCGCCCGGCCUUAAAUCCCCUCCCGGUGGGGCCCUGGGCAGAGCGAGCUCCAGCAUUCCUGCCAACAACCCUUUGGUCACCCAGCUGCUCCAAGGCAAGACCGUCCCUCUGGAACAGUUCCUGCCCAAGCCGCUCACCAGAGCGGAGACGAGAAGCGUCCCCGCGGCUCCUCAGGAAGAGAAGGGGGCAGCAGCUCCCGGGAGCGGCACCGAGGCCGGGGACAGAGCGGCGAGUUUGCCCCCGCAGCCGCUGGGGAAGCUCUUCUGCCAGAACAGGCCUCUGCCUCACGUUCCAAGGGCCUUCGCGCCGCCCUCGGGAAAGGAGCCCGGUGCCGAGCAGCAGCAGCAGUGCCACGAGGCGCUGAGCAGAUCCACCCAGGAGCAGAUCCUGCAGACUCUCAUCAAGAGGGUGCAGAGGCAGAACGCGCCGCCGCCCGUCCUUCAGCCCUCGCAGCCGAACCUCCCGCGCUCAGGUUUCCCGGCGGAGAACGGCUCCUCCGCCGGCCAGAGGUUCACGCUGGGCUUCGCGGGCAGGAGGACGUCCAGGCCCGCCAUGUCUGGGCACUACCUGCUCAACGUCUCCACCUACGGCCGCGGCUCGGAGAGCUUGAGGAGAGGUUUCUCGGCGAGCGCCGAGCCGCGCCUGGGGCUGAGCGGCCCGGCCGAGAGCGGGGACGCGGGCGGCAGCGGCAGCGAGGAGGACGCGGACGACGAGAGCUCCGGGGACGAACGGGAGCGCGGCCGAGAGGAGGCACGGGCGGGCCGGGGGGAGAGGGGGCCCGGCUCCCCGGCGACGAGGGCCGGCAAAGCCGAGGCGGCCGGGCCCGGGGAGAAGGCGCUGGACAGCGGCGCGCUGGCCCGGGACCUGCUGCAGGCGGCGCGGGAGCAGAUGGCCCAAGCCGUGAGGGGCAAGGGCGGCGCGGAGCUCUCGGGGCCCCCCGGGCCGGACUCGGCGCGGCCGCCGCCGCUCGCCGCCCCGCGCCCCCCGAAGCCGCCCGGGAGCGCCGGGGCGCAGCUGCUGGGGCCCAGCUACAGCGGCACCAUCAACGUCUCCACCUCGGCCGACGUGGCCGGCCAGGGCUCGCUGGCGAGCGAGUGCAGCCCGCUGGCCAGCUCCAUGGGCAACGUGAUGUCCUUCUCGGUGACCGUCACCACCAUCCCCGCCGGGCAGGCCGUCGGCUCCGGCGGCCACGGGCAGAGCCUCCCGGUGCAGGCGUUCGCCGAGGACGGCGGCGCGGAGGAUCCCCCUUCCAAAUGUUACUGCAGGUUGAAAGCCAUGAUCAUGUGCAAGGGCUGCGGUGCCUUCUGCCAUGACGACUGCAUCGGCCCCUCCAAGCUCUGCGUCUCCUGCCUGGUGGUGCGGUGACGGCGCGGGGAGCGGCUCUCGGGAGCAUCUUGGGAAGAAACAGGAAUUUUACUGCCUUGCACAAGAGACACGUUACUGAAUCAGGAAUACAGAGUUUAGAGUCCUUCUUUCGUUAGCGAAAGAGCACCUUCUUGUACAGGGAGUCGAAAUGGCGCUCGACUCCGUGAAUCGUGACAAGAGUUUGCACUUAAGGAAUUAUGUAAAUACGCCACGUUAUUUUGUUCAAAGGUAUUUUUUCAGUCUUUUAGGAGAUAGCGUUCGACUUGUACCGCAGUCCCGGUAACCCCAGGCUGCCCUGAGCACUGCUGUCCCCGGGGGAUCCGGCCCACGGCCCCGCUGUUGGUUUUCUCCCGCCCGAGGGGACGGGGUGACCCAAUUCCAGCCGAGGCAGGAGCUCCCUCGGCCGCUCCAGUUCAGAUCCCCGGGCACUGGGAGGCACCGCGGAUGCGCUGCCCGCUGCAGGAGGCUCCUGGGCCGUGCAGGACGGGCUGGCCUCGCCGGAUUGCGGAUCCCCCCGUGCCAGAGUCCCGCUGAAGGGAGGGGUGCUGCCGCUGGAGCUGCAAGGAGCCCACCGCGGGGCUGGCAGCAGUCCGCUCUCCUGAGUUCCCCAGGAGCUGGGAGCUGCCGGCCCACGGGGGCAGGGGGAGAGCACAAAGCGUCACCCCGGGCCCUGCCGAGCUCUGGGAAGGGUUUUGUGCUCAUCCAAACGCCCCCGUGGUCAGACAUCUCCAGUUUCUAUCCGAGAUUUUAAAUUUCCUGGGCGUGCGGGGGAAGGCGGAUGAGGGUCUGCCUGGGCCUGGCUGGGUUUGAGAUACCAAAUUGGGCUGAGCUCGGCUCAGCUCGGGCCCAGCCGAGCCGGGGGUGCUGGGGCAGCGCCUCGGGCCCGGCUGGGGACACGGCUGGUGGCACCUGUGCCCGCUGUCCCUCCCUGGGGCCCUUCCCCUCCCGGGGCGGGUGGGGGCCUUGCUGCAUCCUGGUCAGGGAACAGAGCUAUGUAUGUUUUUGAUGGAAAAGCACUGAAUUCACUUUUAAUCCAAAGGCCUUUUUAAGCUGAAGCAAUAUUCCCUCGGCAGCGGGGCAGCUGAGCGGCGCGCGGGGUCCUCGGCCUCCCCUGCCCCUCUCCUUUGUACUACUGCUCCCUUCCCCUUCCCCCGGGAACCGGCGCUGGCCUGAGGAGCAGAAAUCAUUCCCCGGGUGGUUUUCCAAGGCUGCCAGAGCUCCAGGAGCCUUUGGACAGCACAGGGUGGGAUUGCUGAGGUCAGGAGUCAGACUGGAUGAUCCCUGUGGAUCCUUUCCAGCACAGGACAUUCCGUGACUCUGUCAUUUAUUGGUGAUGACAAGGGAGCUGCAGACUCGGUCCCGUGGUAGCAGGAGCGUUUCCUUCCCUGCCCAGGGAGCAGCAGGAGCCGCAGCAUCACCUGCUCUGGGUUCUGUCACCUUAAAUGUGCCGCAGAGCAGUCGCUGUCGCCAUCCCGCAUCGCUGCUCGGCCAUCCCGUGGUGAGGAGGAUUUAGGGAGCAGAAAUUAACUCCCAUUUUUUAAAUCUAAAACAUUGCACAAGAUUGUCCCCACGAGCGUGUCACGCCCGUGGUGGCGGCGGCAGCCCGAGAACGCCCGGUGCCCGUUCCUGCCGCUUCCCACUUGCAGCUCUUGUUCGGGAAGAGGAAAUCCUGCAUGUUUGUGAACUCGGGGAGGCGGCGUGGGCCGCGUCCGUUCCUCCCUCAGCCCUCAUUUAGACAGACGCGUUCGGGAGAGGCGCUCCGGGAGAGGCCGGUGCGCAGCUCGGUGCGCUGCUCGCACAAAGCGGCAGUUUUCUCCGAGGAGAGCGGGAGGUUUCCCGCACGCUUGGGGCGGUGCCGCUCUCCCCUUGGCUCCUCUCGGGGCGUUUCUCCAGGCUGCUGCGGAGGGGGAAGCAGAGGAUGAGGAGGGAGCUGCGACCCUGAGCACCCCCAGGCGUUGGGCUGCAAAGGCUCUUGCAGGGCUCCCGGCCCGGCCGUGGCUCCUGCUGCAGCUCCUGCUGGAUUUCCCGGGGCCCUUGCCGAGCCGUGCCCGUGCCCGGAGCCAUCCCGUGGGAACGCGCCUGUCUGCCGUGCCGGGAGGGGCCGGCUGUGACCCGGGCUGGGACAGUCGUGACCCCGGCCGUGGAGGUGGCCCCGGGCUGGCGGCUCGGGAGUUUACACCUGUCAGUGCCUUAGUUCCGUUUCACGGAUCAACACUUGGCCUGGGCUGCUUCCGUUUCUUUUUAAGGAAGGCGAUUCCCUCGGCGCCCGUGUGAGCACGCUCCUGGUGCGGCCUGGAGCGUCUCCGCGGUGAGCAGAGGACACUGAGUGGGAGGAAGCUGUUCGGGAUAACGGGCUCGGUGGCGUAACCCCUGGAAGAACUCCCUGGCAUGGGGAUAACGCCCCGGGAGUUCUGCCCGUGCUGCAGCUGGCUGUGGGAGGAUGGUUUCGGAAGGGGGAAUCCUGUGGAGUUCUUGGGAUCAGCCUGUCCCGCUGCUGAGGCUCCUUCUCCCAGACAGUAAAUCCACCUCCACACGGGAUUGAGAAUAAAGGGAUGAAAGCAGGAGUUUAAACCCUCGGACCUUGGUCCCCCGGGAAUGAACUGAACGGCGCCGCAGGGAAUGGCGGCGUCAAAAAUCCAGGAUUUCCAAAGGCCGACGCCGGAGCGUUCGUGGCAGGGAAAGGAACCUGGUGAGGGAGGAGGUUUCAGUUUCCCUUCCCAGGACACAGAACUGGAAUUUGAACCUGACCGACGCUUCGCUUCCCGGCCCCAAAGCCCAGGGACAGGCGGCGGCGCAGGAGGUGCCCGCGCCGCUCCGGGCCUUCGGCUUUUGAGCCAGGUGGGCAGCAAAGGGAAGGGAUUUGGGGUGGAAUUUUCCUUUCCCUCCUGGAAUUUACAGGAAAGAGGAGGUUCCAAGCAGUUGCACUGGUUGGGGAGUUGGAAUUCUUUAUUUUAUUUUUUUUUUUUGGUUGCACAAAACAGCUGCUGGAGCAGCAGCUCCUGGUGAGGUCGUUACCGGGAGGGAUCCUCGGGAGGGAGGGAGGCAGCAAAAACCAUCCCGGGGCGGGAGGGUGGACUGCGGGCGGCUUAGAAUAAUAUAUUUUAAAUAAUAUAUAUUUUAGUAGCUGAAAAGAGGGGACGAAGGAGGGGUUCUGAGGUGGUGACAGGGUACCGGGGGCAGUUCCUCGGCCAGGCCAGCGGGGCUUACUGCAGCACAACUGAAAAGGUUCAGUUCCUGCCAUUAAUGCAAUAAAAACGGGAAUUCUCACAAAGAAGCAAUCCAGUGCUGUUUCCCAGAGGCUUUUCCUGUGCGGACAACAGGCCUGUAAACACAGUUCCAAAAAUCCUAAACCUUUGUCUUUUUUGCCUUUUUAAAAGGGACUUCGAUUGGGCUUGAGGGUCUGUACAGCAAAAUCGAGGUGACACCAUUUGAAAAUGUAUUUUUACACAAAUGAUAUAGAAAAAAAAUCAUAUUUUACAUAAGAAUUUUAAGUAUUUGAAAUAUGUGUAUAUAUAUAUACUGUAUGUACUUCGUAUAUGCUUUAUUUUACAUUUUCAAUGUAUUAAAAAGUAUUUGA